GUGCUCUUCCUUAUCACGACCUUGCCGGAAGGAGAGCAGCCGCGCAAAUGUGCGCCAUUGGAUGAAGCCUGCGUCAGAGAACGAGAUGGACCCGAGGGUGUUUGCGACACGGAUGUUUGCAUGGAGGCCUCGAAGAGGAUCUUAACGUCUAUGAAACGUGGCGUUGAUCCUUGCAAAGAUUUUUACAAGUUCGCCUGCGGUGGUUUCCGCGAUCAGCAACCCUAUCAACCGAGUGCGAGCUUCAACAUACUCCAGGCGCAAAUCGACGAACGUAUACACAAGACGCUGACAAACGAGACGGGACAAAUGGUCGUUGCCUUCGAGAAGCUUGGGCAGUUUUACGAUACUUGUCGAGACUUUAAGAAGAAACCCGUAAAUUUUACACCCGUUUACGAAUUGUUGAAUAAAUUUGGUGGCUAUCUAUCGCCGAAAAGCGUGGUGCCGACUGACAUCACUCCUCUAAUCUCUGCAUUGCUAAAAGUAAACGGCGCGCCCUUCUUCGAUUUAUACAUCGACAUAGAUCUUUACGAUCGCACAAAGUCAUCUGUAUAUCUUGAUUUUCCUGUCAAGCACCAGAAUUAUAAAUUUCUCGCAGAGGACCAGAAAAACAGAGACGUACAAAGAUCGCGUAGAAUUCGAGAGAUUGUCCAAGGAUUCUUGCCAAAAAAUAUGGAUCCUGAGGAACAAUCGUCGGAGACGGAUCUGCUUUUGCAAUUUUGCUUAUCGCUUGAAAAGAUUUAUCCAAAGCACAAAGAUUUGUACAAUUGGGUGGAUGUUGAACAGAGGGUAUACGUCGCUUACAACGUUACUUAUCUCCAAGAAAACUUUGGUUACAUAAGAUGGAGAUCGCUGCUGAAUGCUACGUUACCCUAUCGUGCGAACGGCGUCGAUCUGAACGGCGGUAAUAACGACACGAAUAGCGUACAACGACCGCCGACGUACGUCGCAUCCGAGGACCAACAGAUUUAUGUCUACAUUAUGGCACCGCGUUACUUUCGUAGCCUUGGCAAGCUAUUGAGUCGCUCCUCCAGACGGAUUAUUCAUAACGGAUUGCUGUUGCUCUAUGCGGAUACAUUGCACGACAUCGUAAACGUCACCGCCGUCAAAGACUGGAAACACUCCUGCUACAGACUGACCAAAAGCAUCUUCAGCGAGGCGGUCAGUGCGCUGUACGUGCGGCAGUACACUCCAAAGUACUUAGAAACUCUGGUCAACAGGGUGACCGCGCUGUUUGAACGCGUGAAGGAAACGAUAGCCGAGCGGAUAUUAGUGAAGUCGUGGUUGGACGAUGAAACCAGGACGCAAGCAUUGCAGAAGUUAAAUUCUUUACGAGGUCGAUUUCAUGUGUCGCCAGAUUUUUACAACGACACCUUGCUAACGCGUGAAAUGGCCGAGGUCGUAAUCGACUCGGAUGAUUUUAUUACCACCGUCCUGAACAGGUUCCAUCAGCUCCAAAGAUCAAAAGAUCAAAGUCCGUUACGAAAAAACGCGAUAUUGAGGAAUCACUACCCUUACUCCGUGCAUGCCUAUUACGAAUCCUCCACAAACACCAUCGAAAUCCCAUUGGCGAUGAUGACAUCCUGGGCAUGGUCGUGGGACGGUGGGCCAGCUUUUGCGGUACACGCUACGUUAGGAUCGGUUAUCGCCCACGAGAUUCUCCAUGCUUUCGAUUUUCACCGCCGUAAACUGCCCAUGGAGCCGGAUCGGAACAUCGACGAGUGGCUUCGCGUCACGGCAGACUCCUGGAAACGAUUAGAGACCAAGAUAGAAUGCGUCGCGCGACUUUACGCCAGGAGCUUUUGGCGGAAGGUCCAGUCGUAUGCUGGGAACGACGUUGCUGUGCAGUUUGAUUGGAACAUGACAAAAAACGAGAACGUCGCGGAUAUUGGUGCUCUGCAAAUUGCCCACAAGACUUGGCAUAUUUUGACAAACGGAAAGGAUCGGAGCCUUCCCGGAUUGGAGGGACUCCGACCGAGUCAGCUCUUCUUCAUAAGUGCCGCACAGGUAUACUGUGUUAAUACGACUCUCGAGACUUACGUCUUCUCUGUAGAAUUCGACUAUCAUGCUUCUCAUCCUGAAAGAGUCAACAGUGUAAUGAUGAAUUCUCAGGCAUUCGUAGAGGCGUUUCGCUGUCCACUCGGAACAAAAAUGAAUCCCCCGAAUAAAUGCACUGUUUGGUGAUAGUAACACCUUCGUCGGUAUACGAAAUAUAUAUCGAUUGUAUAGCAGGCUGUCCUUAUAUAUACUUCGCUUUAUUUUAUUUCACAAUUACAAUAUCGUAAGAUCACUUCAGGAUCAUAGUUCGCAGCAAAAAUUAAUGCUACAGGGAUAGACAUUUCCCCCUCUUUACGUGAAAACUAGACUGUAAUAACACUUAAUUCAUAAAAGGCCAUAAUUGCAAUACAAACAGUUUAAUAUUACAAUUUUCCUUUCUUUGAAAAA